AACAUUUAAGCUAACAGACAAUCGACAGCCGCAGCUGUCAUCAUCAUUCUACACGACUCAUACACUCAUGUAGCAGGACAACUUUAAAUAUCAGCCAGCAGUAUUCGAGUGACGCCCGCUUCUAACAAUGGCCUUUAAUUUUACCGCAUUCACGUAUAUUGUAGCGCUCAUUGGCGAUGCAUUUUUAAUAUUUUUCGCAAUAUUUCAUGUGAUUGCAUUCGAUGAGCUAAAAACAGAUUAUAAAAAUCCAAUCGAUCAGUGCAACAGUCUCAACCCGCUCGUCUUACCAGAAUAUUUGCUGCACCUAUUCCUCAAUUUGCUUUUCCUAUUCUGCGGCGAAUGGUAUUCACUGUGCCUCAAUAUACCUCUCAUAGCCUAUCACAUAUGGCGUUACAAGAAUCGGCCUCUUAUGUCCGGUCCGGGCUUGUAUGACCCCACCACCGUAUUGAAGACGGACACAUUAUCCCGCAAUCUGCGCGAGGGUUGGAUCAAAUUGGCCGUCUACUUGAUCAGCUUCUUCUACUAUAUAUACGGCAUGGUAUAUUCGCUCAUCUCUACAUAGAGGGUAAAAAGACAGCUGCGAGGGGAUCUCAUUGUUGGCACCGGCGCAUCUACAUCAUCAUAUAAAAGUUGUCAUUGUGUAUGGCCCACACACACACACACAUACACAUGCAACUCCAUUUGGGAGCAACGAACAAUGUUUCAUGUGUAAAAAUUUGCGAGUUUAUUCAUAAUGCGAACCAUAACAAUAACAUCUUUGGCAUGCGUCUGGGUUAUGUACUGUUGGAGAUUUGUAAAGGUUUUUUUUAUUAUUAUUUUUAUUAGUUUUGCAUUUGGUAGUUGAAGCCUAAGAAUAAAAGAAAUAAAGUAAAAGAGGAAAAAUU